AUGUCGGCGACCUCAAUUAUCAGCGGUGGCUCGGAAAAGCUAGAUGCUUGGACACGGCGAUCACAACCAAAAAUCGAUAUCCAGAUAGAUGGCCAAAAACCCGGCCGUGUUAACUCCUAUACAACGGGGGAGAGCAUCGAUGGCACCGUCACCAUUAUCGUUGAACAUGAGACACGGUUCGAAGAGGUUGAAAUUUUCUUUGAAGGCACAUCAAGAACCACGGUGGAACGGGCAUCAUGCCCUGGCCGUACAGGAUCGCAACAAAUGUUUCUUAAGUUGCGCCAGCCAAUCGACGAGACAGAAUACCCGACCCCUCGAGUGUUAGAGAGUGGCCGUGCAUAUCAAUUUCCCUUCACAUUCAUCGUCCCGGAUAGCCUACUCCCCCAAGUCUGCACUCACACCAAGCAGAAUGCUCAAAUUCACCGAUGUCACACCAUGCUUCCACCAACAUUAGGUGAUCCUAUACUUGCCAGCAAUGGCAAGGAUCUACUUGAUGACAUGGCACCCUGCAUGUCACAAGUUUGUUACAUCGUCCGAGCAUCUGUUUUCCAGAAACAACCAGCGGGCACCGGAGUCGCAUCUGUCGCUGCUGUUGCCAAGAAAGUCCGAAUUAUUCCAACCGCCGAAGAAGAACCUCCUAUCGAGAUUCCUGAGUUCUCAUCUCUUUGCACACGCAAAGAAAAGACGGUCAAGCGCGGGACCUUGCGAGGCAAGCUAGGCCGUCUUGUCGCUUCCACUGUGGCUACUGUGAACCUACGAUUCGAUCCGGUUGGAGACGAGCAGCCUCCCCCACUUGGGACAAUGACCAGCAGACUCCGCGCAAACACAUUCUUCAGUGCCAGCCCGUGGGAAGACUUCCCUUUCUCGACGGGCCUGCCCUUCGCCCAGGUUGGGCGCGGUCUCUACACCGACUCCGUGCCUCUGCUGACCAUGUGUGUGGCAUCCGCCCAGUGGAAGAAGCAAUCAUCAGCCGUCGACUGUCUUCGCCGCGAUUCUGCAGACUCGUCAUCAUCCGAUUCGUCAGUCGGCCCCUCCUCUACAUUCACCGGAGACACCUACUAUACCGCGUCGGUUGUCGUCCCCAUCACGCUUCCCAAGUCCAAAGCUUUCGUCCCAACCUUCCACUCCUGUCUCAUUUCUCGCAUCUACUCCCUCGAUCUCUCCCUGACAUAUCACACCCCCGCAACCAACCUCAUUACACCAACAAUCUCUCUCCGCGUUCCGGUGCAGUUCACAAGCCAACCGAAAUCUACCGAAUCUCUCAAGGCUUCCCUCGGUGUCACUGUCACACAAGAGGAGAUUGACGAGUUUUUCCUGCCACGCAAUGUGACCUCCCCCACCAACUUCUCUGACCAUGUUGUCAGUGAUACGGUGGUUGACUUGGGGAUCGCACCACCCGGGUAUUCGGAAAGGACAAGCAUCCCCGUCGCGCGGACUGUCAGAGCCAGCAACUGA